AUGAAGUUCGGCAAAGAAUUCGCGGCACAGAUGGUGCAGGAAUGGCGUGACGCGUACAUGGAUUACAACAGUCUGAAAGCAGUGUUGAAAGAUAUCGUGCGGAUCAGACAGAGAAGCGUCACCGCAUCGACCUCAAAAAGUUCUUUGAAAAGAAAGGUUUCCCUAUACAGAGCUUUUAGCGGGCUAACAAGCCGGCACAGAAGCUCUCAGAGAAAGAAUGAGGAUGAAGUAAUUCUUGUUCAUGCAGUGGAGCAGCAGGAGGGCGCAAACGGGCACUACCAAACCAUGUUCCUCAUGUCUUCCGACACCGGCGGAGAGUGCGAGCUUCGUUUCUUCAGGAGGCUUGAUGAUGAGUUCAAUAAGGUCGUAAACUUCUACAAAAUGAAGGUGCAGGAAGUUAUGGACGAGGCAAAUGAAUUGACUAAGCAGAUGGAUGCUUUGAUUGCUCUUCGCAUAAAUGUGGAUAAACCGAUGGUAGAAUUUCAUGGAGCUGAUUUGGAAAAUCUUGCAAGCAAUGAGAGAAAACCUGGACGCUUUUUGAAUCUAUUGGCAUUUUCAAAGAUCAUGAAGAAGUAUGACAAGAUCACUUCAAGAAAUGCAUCUAAGACUUAUAUGGCGAUGGUGGACAAAUCUUAUCUCGGUAGCUCGGAUGAGAUUACUAGGCUCAUGGAAAGGGUAGAGGCUACCUUCAUUAAGCACUUUGUAAAUGGAAAUCGUAGAGAAGGAAAGAAGAUUUUAAGGCCAAAAGCCAGAAGGGAGAGACAUCGGAUUACGUUUUCCUUGGGUUUCUUCUCUGGCUGCUCGCUUGCACUUGUAGUAGCCACCGUUGUGGUUAUACAAGGAAGAGAUCUCCUGAAAAGCGAGGGGCGUACUCAGUAUAUGGAUAACAUGUUUCCUCUUUACAGCUUGUUCGGAUUCAUUGUCCUGCAUAUGCUUAUGUACUCUGCAAACAUAUGCUUUUGGAGGCGUUACAGAGUCAACUAUUCGUUUAUUUUCGGCUUCAAGCAAGGAACAGAAUUGGGCUACAGAGAAGUCUCUCUUCUCAGUUCAGUUCUUGCUGUACUUGCAUUGGCUGGCGUAAUUUCAAAUUUAGAUAUGGAGAUGGACGAAAGAACAAGAAGCUUCGAAGCCUUAACUGAACUAGUCCCUUUGGGAUUACUUACUGUUGUGGUUCUCAUAAUAUUCUGUCCCUUCAACAUCAUAUACCGUUCAAGUCGCUUUAUCCUAAUCCAAUCAGCGUUCCAUUGUCUUUGUGCUCCUCUGUACAAGGUUACCCUACAAGACUUUUUCUUGGCAGACCAGCUAACUAGCCAGGUGCAGGCUUUCAGAAGUUUUGAAUUCUAUGUUUGUUAUUAUGGUUGGGGUGACUUCAAAAUUAGAUCAAACAAGUGCCAUAGAAGUGGUGUUUAUAAAAGUUUUUAUUUCAUUGUAGCAAUCGUUCCAUACUGGAUCCGUUUCCUACAGAGCCUUCGACGCUUGAUAGAGGAGAAAGAUGCAAUGCAUGGGUAUAAUGGACUGAAAUACUUCUCAAUAAUUGUAGCAGUUUUCAUGAGGACAACUCAUGAUUUACAAAAGGGGAUGAGUUGGAAGAUAAUGGCCGUAGUGAGUUCAGGUGUUGCAACCAUCAUUGCUACAUAUUGGGACAUUGUCAUAGAUUGGGGUCUUUUGAGAAAGGAUUCCAAAAACCGAUGGCUGAGAGAUAAACUCCUUAUAUCGAACCGAAGUGUUUACUUUGUAGCAAUGGCAUUGAAUGUUGUAUUGAGACUUGCUUGGAUGCAGUCUGUAUUAGGGUUUAGGGAAGCACCUUUCCUGCAUAGACAAGCAUUAAUUGCAAUAGUUGCCUGCUUGGAGAUCAUUCGACGUGGCAUUUGGAAUUUCUUCAGAUUGGAGAAUGAACACUUAAACAAUGUUGGGAAGUAUCGAGCAUUCAAGUCAGUGCCCCUACCUUUUAACUAUGACAACGUCGACGAUGAAGACAGGCACAUAUAG